GGGGGAGGAGAGAGGAGAGGGGCAGCAGGCGAAGGGGUUUGGAGCGGACGAGGGGAGGACAGGCUCCGGCUGGGAGAAGAAUGGUUAUGCCGGCUCCUCGUGCUCUGGUCGUGCUGCUGCUCUAUAGGCUGCGUGUCGUUCAGGCACAGCCCUGCCUCUCCUCGACAUGAGCUUCGCAGGAAGGGUGUCCUGCUCCAUGCUCAACUGCUUUGGUGAAGAAGGGCCUCCCAGUCUGGAGUAUAUCAAGGCCAAGGACCUGUUCCCCCAGAAAGAGCUGGUGAAGGAGGAUGAAAGCCUUCAGGUGCCAUUCGCAGUUCUUCAGGGGGAAGGGGUGGAAUAUCUUGGCUAUGCCGAUGAAGCCGUCAUUGCCAUUUCUAACUACAGGCUCCACAUCAAGUUCAAGGACUCUGUCAUCAACACCUACCCAGGUGUGGACAAUGAGAUAUCUGUGCCACUCAGGCUGAUAGAAAGUGUGGAGAGCAGAGAUAUGUUCCAGCUGCACAUCAUCUGCAAAGACUCCAAAGUUGUCAGAUGCCUCUUUGCGACGUUCAAGCAAUGCCAGGAGUGGGUCAAGCGUCUGAACCGGGCCAUAGCUCACCCGUCCCGACUGGAGGACCUGUUCGCCCUGGCCUAUCACGCCUGGUGUCUGGGAGGCAACGCUGAUGAUGAAGACCAGCACGUUCAUCUCUGUCGCCCAGGUGAUCACGUGCGUCAGAGAAUGGAAAUAGAGGUCAAAAGGAUGGGCUUCGACACACAGAACGUCUGGAGAGUGUCGGACAUAAACUGCAACUUCAAGCUGUGCUCCAGCUACCCGCAGAAGCUUCUGGUUCCAAUAUGGAUCACUGACAAGGAGCUGGAGAGUGUGGCUUCCUUCAGAUCCUGGAAGAGGAUCCCUGUGGUGGUCUACAGGCACCAGAAGAACGGGGCAGUGAUCUCCCGUUGCAGCCAGCCUGAGAUCAGCUGGUGGGGCUGGAGAAACACAGAUGAUGAGUACUUGGUGUCAUCCAUCGCCAAGGCGUGUCAGAUGGAUGCCGGAGCCAAGGGUACCUGUGGAGCACCAGCCUGCCGACAACGCGGGGAAGCUCCCGACUCCUCUGAUAGCGAUUUUGACUCGUCUCUGACGGGCGGCUCUGGCUGCGAUGACAACACCGUGGCCCAGAAGCUGCUGAUUUUGGAUGCUCGCUCAUACACGGCUGCAGUGGCCAACCGAGCCAAGGGCGGAGGCUGUGAAUGUGAAGAGUACUACCCCAACUGCGAGGUAAUGUUCAUGGGAAUGGCGAACAUCCACGCCAUCCGGAACAGCUCGGCUCUAAGGACCGUAGGCAGUCAGAUCCCGGAUCCAGGAAACUGGCUUUCCGCACUUGAGAGCACCCGUUGGCUCCAGCACCUGUCCGUCAUGCUGAAGGCAGCCACUCUGGUGUGUUCAGCGGUGGAGAGGGAUGGCCGGCCUGUCCUGGUGCAUUGUUCUGACGGGUGGGACCGCACUCCCCAGAUUGUAGCCCUCGCCAAGGUCCUGCUGGACCCCUACUACAGGACAUUAGAGGGUUUCCAGGUGCUUGUGGAGACUGACUGGCUGGACUAUGGUCAUAAGUUUGGGGACCGCUGCGGCCACCAGGAGAACGCUGACGAUGUGAGCGAGCAGUGUCCCGUGUUCCUGCAGUGGCUGGACUGUGUUCACCAGCUGCUCAAACAGUUCCCCUGCCUCUUUGAGUUCAACGAGGCCUUCCUGGUCAAGUUGGUGCAGCAUACGUACUCCUGUCUUUACGGCACCUUCCUGUGUAACAACGCCCGCGAGAGAGAGGCGAGGAACAUCUAUAAACGCACCUGCUCUGUGUGGUCCCUGCUUCGCAACGGAAACAAGAACUUUCAGAACUUCCUCUACAUCCCCAGUCAUGAUAUGGUGCUGCAGCCAGUCUGCCACACACGAGCGUUGCAGCUGUGGACAGCUGUCUACCUGCCCACCUCCUCCCCCUGCACCGCUGUGGACGACUCUAUGGAGCUAUACCUCCCCCCGAGUGUAACGGGAGAUGAACUGACCUCCCGUUCCCUGGACAGACUUCCCAAGACCCGCUCCAUGGACAACCUCCUGUCCGCUUUUGAGAACGGGGUGCCCCUGACACGUACCUCCAGCGACCCAAAUCUCAAUAAGCACUGCCAGGAGGGUCGCUCUGCCCCCGAGUUCUCGCCAGCCACAGAGGAAACCUCUGCAGCCGUCGCUGAUGAGGUCACACCUGACAACACUGGACUGGACAGCAGUGAGGGGAAACCUCUGCAUCAGAGUCCUGCCAUGACCCCAGAGGGUGUCCCAGGUGCAAAGAGCUUUGAAGACACAGUGGAGGAGACCUGUCUCACCACACAGCCGCUGCCUUCUCUGCCCCUUCCCCAGGUCCCUCUCGGUAAGGACGUCGUCCUCGCUGACAUUUCCCUCCUGGCUCCUGUCCUUCAACAAGCUUUGCCUCAGAUCGCUAACCCUCCACUCCCACCGCCUCCGCUAGAGGCUGAGAGCCUGUGUAGGACUGCAGAGAGGACCACGUCACCCACUCAUAAAUCAGAGCCGUGCUCAUCUCUCCCCUGCAGUGGCACAGACCCUGCAGCCACCACCCCCAGCUCGCUGACUAACGGCCACUCUGACGGCCAGGUCAAUGGCCUCCCAGAAUCAGCAGACCUGCUGGCUCUGAAGCAGCUGAUACCACUACUUCCCAUGGAGGACUCCACAGAGACUCUCACAGAUGAGGGAGAGCUCCCCCCAACCCUACCCCCCACUGUGAGCCAGAAUCUGACCCAGAGUCAUUUUAGAGAUGAGUCCCAGCCUGAGUCCCAGCCUCAGGUUCAACCCCAGAAGGAGAAGGAGAAGGAGGACAUGAGGACAGAUGUAGUGAAAGGAAAAGAGCGUAUGUUGACAGUUGCAGUAGCUCCUGUUGACUGCGCCCAAGUAGCAGCUCGCCAUCUGAUCUCCCAGAGCCAGAUCACAGACCUGUCCCUGCUCGGCUCCCACUGGGAGAGCGUCCAGGGUCUGGUCCAGUCGGCCUGCAGUAGUGCCAGUCACUCUGGCGUCAGCCGGGCCUUGCAGAGCAACACUUACCAGAGCCGCCGUCUUGCCGGUAAGCUGCUCCGCUCCCAGGGCUUCGCCAUGGCCAACGGCUCCCAGUGCUGCCGCAGGGAGGCUCUUUGUAAUCCCAUCAGCCCUCUGCAGGCUGGAUGGCUGUCUGCUGCCAGGAGUGCAGCCUACACCGGCCUCUGUGGGCCUGCUGCCGCAGCCCUCAACGGCUACUCCUUGGCAGGCCAUCAGCUCCUGCCAGUGUCAUACUCCUCGCCCUCCGCCUCCAGCUCCCCACCCCCGCCCCAAGCCCCAUCUUACCUGGAUGACGACGGCCUGCCGGUGCCCAUGGAUGCUGUUCAACAGAGACUGCGCCAGAUUGAGGCCGGCUACAAGCAAGAGGUGGAGGUGCUGAGGCUGCAGGUGCGACAGCUGCAGAUGAAGCUGGAGAGUAAACAGUACAGCACCCCUCCCUCGGAGCCAGACAUUGACUACGAGGAUGACAUUACGUGUCUGCGAGAGUCAGACAACAGCAACGAGGAGGAUUCUCUGUCGACCCACAGUGAGGACCGUCUGUCUGAGGGCAGCUGGGACCGAGUGGAGCCCAAGGACACGGAGGUCACGAGGUGGUUGCCCGACCCCAUGGCCUCCCAUUGUUUCAACUGUGACUGUGGAACUGUGGCAAUGUGUUCUGUAAAGACUGUUGUCAUCUGAAGCUGCCCAUCCCAGACCAACAGCUGUAUGACCCGGUGUUGGUCUGCAACAUCUGCCACGACCUGCUCCUGGAGUCUCGCACCCGCGAGAUCCGCAGCCAGCAGCUCAAGAAGGCCAUCGCCACAGCCUCCAGCUGAGAGAAGCGUUGUGUAGCAUGGCUCGCGCUUCGGCUCUGUCCUGCUCGUUUUGGACUGUUAAGCUGAGCGACCCGUUGUAACCCCGACCUGCUCUGGUUUCGGCUGCAGGCGGGGUGAUGAGGAGGAGUUGUUACUCUUUGGGAGGCUCGGUUUGGGAGCGCAGGUGCACUGUGAGACUUUCUGAAAGGUGGAGAAGAGGAAAGGGAACGUCUGAGAUGGAGGCGUUUCAGUGGGGGAGGUUAUCCUGCAGAACAAACCCCUUCUGUUCCAAGACAUUUUCAGCCUGACCCUGUCCGAGACACAUCUCCAACCUGUCCACCCCAUCAGAGUCACCCACCCUUAGUAUCUGUGUGUGUGCGUGCAUGCGUGCGUGCGUGUGUGUGUGAGAUCUAAAUUGCCUUGCCUGAUGGGAGGAGCUUAAACAGAUGGUGUCCAGGGUCUAUUAUGCUUUUUAUGGUGUUCUUAGCCCUUCUCACACAACCUGUACACUACCACGGUAACAGAAAGGUGAAAAUGAAAGAAAUCUAAUUUGUGAUUUAAUUUGACCGGUAUUUAACACCCGUGAAUACAGGACUUUACUCUCACAGUUUGAGAGCCAAAUCAACACAUUGACUGCAAAAAUUUGGUUACUAAGUACAAAAAGGUAGUUAAGAUAAAAUACCAGAAAUAUAAUGAAAAAAAGAUUUGUCCACUAGGUGGAGCUGUUCUAUCGAGGUUAACACAAAAUUAUACUUACAAGGAGACCAGCACUUUCAGCAAAUCAGAUCAGAUCUUUGCAUUCAGAGCUCCAUAAACUGAGAGCUACAUUUUAGCUACAAAGAAUGCAACAAAAAGUUUGAGAUUAAAGCAAUCGUAUUAUGAGAAAGGUAAAAAAGCUUGAAUGCAUGUGUGUGUGUGUAUAUAUGUGUAUGUGUUCUGGAUUUAUUAGAAUUUACCCCCACCUGAAUGGAAAAUCAUCAGAGCUUAACCUUGGGGCCCAUGGACCUUCUGAUGCUAUGAUCAGCUUUAAAAAAAGGACUGGGGGGGGGAACCCCUGUACCGGAUGGGAUUCCAAUUGAAAUAGACAAGAUUUUUGAAACUAAACAUACACCACCUCUGCUUCAUGUAUCGUUUCAUAGUGACUCCCCUCCUCCCUCACUCAACACUGCUAUUGCAAGAGUAGUUUUUUUAAACCACCUGGACUUAGUACCGAUAAGGAACCUGCUUUACCUGCUUAUAUGGUUCCGUAACAUCUCAAGCCAGUUAUACUUAAAUUAACCCUCUUGAUUUUCCAGUUCCUCCCCCCCAACCCCACCCCACACACACACCUCUAACCCUGACCCAACUCCCUUUAAACUUAAUUGAGAAACAAAGCAGGACUGCCCCUUAUCUCCCCUUCUGUUUACCUUGGCUAUUGAGUCCCUAGCCACGGCAAUCUGUAAACACAUAAAUAUACCAGAAAUGAAAAAAAUAGAUUUAAACACUGUUGAGGUAACAUCAUUUUGUUUUGUUCCAGUCUGAAACAAGCUCCUCCUACUUUACUGACCUGACAGGUGAUUUUGGUUUCUUUCUUUUGUUUUCUUUGCAGCUUUUAGGUGGACAAACUACCCAUAUCCUUCAUCGGAUGCAUCCACAUUCCAAAAAAAUUACAUUUGUGUACCUCUUCCAGUCCACUUUCCUCACCAUCUUCCUUUUUUAGUGGUUACAGAAAACCUCUUCAAUCUUCAUUUGGAACAAUAAACUUCCGAGAUUUAGGCUUUCCUAUUGUUAUAUCCUAUGGUAUAUUUGCCAUAUAACAGAACUACAGUUGCCAAAUGCAAGUUGUUUUUCUGGGCAGCUCAAAUUAGAGCAUGUAUGUAUGUAUGUAUCUACCAGCAUGGGUCCCAAUAAAAAAGUCAAUUGAGGCCUCUUUAAACUUGUAUAUUUACAGCAGAUAAGACAACGUUGAUUAAACAGACAUAAAAACCUUACUGACAAUCACAAUUUUCACCAGUUUUUGGAAAUUAUAACUUUCAGCCAGGCAGAGCAGAGCCUGGCUUUAAACUCUGGUCUAAGGUGUCUGACCUUGGUAAUUGAAUUAAAUUGAUUUUUGAGUCAUUUGAAGAACUUAAAUCCACAUAUGGAAUUCCUAGAAAGCGUUUCUUCAAAUACCUCAAGCUCCGAAGUGUUGUUGUGUUCAGGCAACGUAACAGUUCCAUUUUAUUGCUGUAAAAGACAGUAAAGAGAUGUUCAACACACACACACACACCCAGUGCAAAUUGCUGGCAAAGUCUUUAGGAAAAGCAAAGCAAGCUAAUUCAUGUUUUUUGGAGAAACUUCUGCCAAUGUCCUUCACUUCACUCACUCAGCAUGAUCAAUAAUUCAAACCGCAGGGAUUCUAGGUUUUCACUCAGUGAAUAAAAAUAAAGGUGACAGCUUUAACUUUUCUGUCAAAGUUGGAGAGAGAUGUUGAAAGUUU